AUGCAGGUGGUAAAACAAGAAGUGAUCAAAGCUGGGGCUUGUAUUGCAUUUUUUGUAGAUAUAAUGACCAGCAAGCCUGACAGGAAUGCUCCCAAGAUUGCUCGGAUCCUCAGAGAGUCAACAGCUAAGGUUAUAGUUGUGAUGGCCUCUGGUGCUGAUUUUUUGAUUGUGCUGGAAGAACUCUUGAGGCAGAAUGUGACUGGCAAAGUCUGGGUAGGCAGUGAAGCCUGGGCAAGUUCCACUUUUCUCUCUGUGAAAAGAUUUCAGGAUGUUUUGGUGGGCUCAGUUGGCUUUAGCAUCCACGCUGAUCAGAUAUCUGGGUUUGCAGAGUAUUUUGAAAGCCUCAAUCCAUCUUCAGAUCUUCAUGAUCCAUUCAUAAAGGAAUUUUGGGAACAAGCUUUCUCUUGUAAGUGGCUCGACCAGGAUGAAUUAGUCAACAAUGCCUCACUCCAGCCAUGUACAGGGAAAGAAAAAUUGGGGAAUGUCAUGUUGAAACUAGACUUUCGACUUUCUCUCAAUGUCUACACUGCAGUUUAUGCAUUUGCUUGGGCCCUACAAAAUCUACAUGACUGUCAGCUUGGAAAAGGACAAUUUGAGCAUGAGAGCUGUACCAACAUCUCCUUUUUCCAGCCUUGGCAACUUUUAUACUAUGUUAAACAUGUCAAUUUUAAAACCAAAGAUGGGAACCAUAUAUUUUUUGAUGCUAAAGGGAACCCUCCACCAAUUUAUGAUAUUAUAAACUGGCGGCUCGGAUGCAGUGAAAGCUGCCCAGUAGGGUUUGCAAAGUUGACAUUGCCAGGAAAACCAAUCUGUUGUUUCCAAUGUGUUCGGUGUCCUCAAGGACAGAUAUCAAACCAAACAGAUGCUGUAAUGUGUCAGCAAUGUUCAUGGGAUACAUGGUCCAGUUUUCAACAAGACAAAUGCAUCCCAAAGGCAAUAGACUUUCUCUCCUAUGUAGAACUCUUGGGUUUAAGUCUAGCAGCAAUUUCUAUUUCUUCCUCAGUUGUUCCACUUUGUAUUGUGAGCAUUUUUAUGUGUCAUAAAACCACACCAGUUGUCCGAGCCAACAAUUAUUCCCUUAGUUGCCUUCUCCUGCUCUCCUUGUUCCUCUGUUUUCUUUGCUCUUUAGGGUUCAUUGGUUACCCACAAUCUGAAAUGUGUCUUCUGCGCCAGGUGGCAUUUGGGAUGGUUUUCUCUCUGUGUAUCUCUAGUGUUCUGGCUAAAACCAUUACUGUUGUUAUAGCUUUCACUGCAAUUCAGCCAGGCAGCAGGUUAAAAAGGUGGACAAGUGUGAAGGUAUCCUACUGUGUUGUUGUGUUUUGCAUGUGUAUUCAGUUAUCUGUGUGCAUGGUGUGGUUUUCCUUCUCCCCUCCAUUUCCAGAGCAUGAUAUCAUAACCCAACCUGGAGUCAUCAUAAUUAACUGCAAUGAAGGGUCACCCACUGCUUUCUGGUGCAUGCUGGGAUUUCUCGGCAUAUUGGCUUCUAUCAGUUUCAUUGUUGCUUUCCUGGCUAGGAGACUCCCUGACAGCUUCAAUGAAGCCAAAUUCAUUACAUUUAGCAUGCUGGCCUUUCUCACUGUCUGGAUAUCCUUUAUCCCAGCAUACUUCAGUGCACGGGGAAAAUACACUGUAGCCAUGGAGAUCUUUGCCAUCUUGUCUUCUACCUGGGCUAUGGUGGCCUGUAUUUUUAUGCCAAAAUGUUACAUUAUAUUGUUAAGACCUGAUAUGAACUCCAGAGAACAUCUCAUGAAAAGCGGCAGAGGCCAGUGAUAGUCCAAAACUUCCUUGAGAUUAGAUGAA